UAUGGAAGAGCUCAAAAAGACCAGCGAAAUAAUCGUCAAUAACAAGGAUAAUUUAGGUCUCAAGGAGAUUUUCAUGUUAGUCAAUCCUCUCAGUGGUAGCAGGGAGGGCGAAGCAUAUACCAUCUUACCUGAAGAUAGUUAUGAGUACGAAAUGGAUGAUGGGACUCAGAUUAGAUUAAGUAUUACCAAUCUUCUCGAGAAAGAUUCAGUAGAAUCCACUAUCAAGCAAAUCUCAGCCACUGUCAAAACCAGAUUUGAUAAAAACCCAGAAGACAUCAACUCUGUGGUAAUUCUCCUCUGAGGAGGAGAUGGCACAUUCAUGAACAUGGCUCAAGAGCUGAAGAAUAAUGGGAUCGAUAUCAACCACCUUAGAUUUGUAGUAUUCCCAUUUGGCACAGCGAAUGAUAUUGCUAGAUCUUUUGGGUGGGGUUCCACCCCAUCCAAUAAGAUGCUUGAAAAUAUCGAAGCUGUCUGCUAUGAGAUAUUCAAAGCCAAGGAAGAAAACUUCGAUAUAUGGGAAAUCGAAGUCCUCACCAACCCAGAUAAAGGGGAUAUCCAAAAAGCUGACGGGGAAAAUCUUGCCAGCAUCAAAGAGACAUCAAUGAAGAAGUACAUGUGACAUUCCUUCUCCUUUGGCUCAGAUGCCAGGACUGGCCUGGCAUUCGAGAGAAGAAGGACAAGAAACAGGUUCUGCAACAGAUUUAUGUAUGCUUUUGAAGGUUUUAAGAAUUUCAUCAGAUUUUGGGGUGAACCUACUCUCAAAAUUAAAGAAAUACUAAAAAGCUUCAAUAGAAUUCCUGAAGUCAGUGAUGACAAGUCAAUGGUCAUCGACAAUGAAGAAGAAGAGAAGGAAGGAGAGAAUUUGAUACAGAAGAAGGAUAUUAUUGUUGCAACUAGCAAAGAUGUAAUAGAGGCUCCUCAUUUCCUGGUUAAUGAUCCCAUCUCUUUCUAUUGACUUAAUCUACCAGAUGUUGUGAAUGGGAAUAUUAAUCUUUGGGCAGGAGGAAGAGGCCGCACUGGCCUAGAGACAGAAGAAGGAACGAGAGUUGAGGAACAGAAGUUCACAACUGUUCCAUCUUAUAAUGAUGGAAAGCUUGAGUUUGCCACAUUCGAUUCCCUACUCCUCUAUAUUUUAAAUGUCAGCAACAGCAUUGCACAAGAAGGAGGAGCAUUUGAGUUUGAGUUUCUUGAAGGAGACAACAUCAAUACUUUUGUCAACAUUGAUGGAGAGUUUUACAAAGUGUUCAACAUUGAAAAGAUCAAGAUUCACAAAGGAGAAAGCUUGUGAAGCAAUGGUCAUCUUAGAAUCCUCUCUAAUGACCGUAAUGAAAUUUUUAGAUAAUUCGUCACCUUAGGCAUCAAUUUU